GUUUUGAAGGCUCGUGAACGGUACAAGAAGCUAGUCUCCUCCCGUGACAUACCUGAAAUACAACAACUACUCACUGAAAAUUCAUACGAGACCGAAGGACACACAGUUAGCAUCGUAGAACUGAAUAUGCAGGAUUUAUCGAAGAAGAAUGCACUGAUAGGAGAUAACAAAGGCUCAGAUUCGAAUACAGAGAAUGAAGUAAGCGACACCGAGUCCAGACACAGCGAAGAGAUCGUAGGAAUGUCUUUAAAAGGAAAAAAGGAGAAACGAUCGAAAUCAAUGAAAGAGCGUAUAGAAAAUAAUGGAACGGAUGUAAAGAAAGAAAUAAAGAGGAUCGCGUUGAAGAAAGUGAAGGGCAGCAAAGUUUUUCAACAGAAACAAAAGUUGGAGAGGCAGAAAAAUAGGAAGGAGAGUUUGAGGAAACGGAAGAGGGUCGAGAAAAUUCAAAAACGGAAAGGAAAGAAAUUGAAAAAAUACAGAUCAUAGUUUGUAACAUAUUUUCUUUAUUAUAAAUAUAAAUAAUAAAUACUGGUUCAUAUUUUUUAUCGUGCUCGAAAGACUGAUCACAAUUUUUCUGAACAUAUGUUUAAUACAACUUCUCUUCGUAACUAAAGAUAUUAUUAUAAAUAAAGAAUCUCUGAUAAUUAUCGUAUGAAUAUUUGUACUAGAUGGAUGAGUGUAUUGAGGUUGAAAUAUGUUGUAGUAGGAAACUUUGGCUUUAAAAUGUGCACAUGUAGGGUUUUACAGGCUUAAUAGAACAGAAGAUACUGCUGUUUUAGACAAAUUCUUCAUAGGUAUCAUAUUUUUGUGUCAAUCACUUCUAGUAAAAUGGAAAAAUCUCUGCUUCUAGAAACUCCACCGAGCACUACGAGUUGUCAUUUCAAAGCUAAGACUUCAAUCACUGGUCUUCUAAAUUAUAUUUUUGUAUAUUCUGAAUCGAGACUCGUUAAUUAUUGAGCCUAGCAAUAAAUGUUUUAUACAAAAGUUAUAGGUACCAUCUACAAAUAUAGUUCUGUAUAAUUUUUUUGCAAA